AUGGCGCGUCGCCUGCGGGUGCGGUUUACCGCAAAAGACGGGUACGGCUGUGGGCGCUGCAGCGCGUAUCUUUGCGACAACGGCGACGUCAUUUCGCGUGCCUUUCACGGCAAGCAUGGCAAGGCGUACCUGGUGAGCCGCUGCUUUAACUACUACUUUGGACCCCAGGAGGAGAAGGAGCUGAUAACGGGCUCACACAUUGUGCGCGACGUCUUUUGCUCCUGCUGUGAUCGCUAUAUUGGCUGGACGUACGACUUUGCCUAUGUAGAGAAGGAGCGGUAUAAAAUCAAUCGUUUUGUCUUGGAGCGUCAGCUUUUGCGUGCCAUCAAGGCAGACGCAACGACGGGUUUGCCAGCUGCCGGCAACGCAAACCAGCAGUCUUGA